GGUGGUGCUGUGACACAUUCACACACAUUGCACACUGCCAAAUCAUAUCUAUCAUUCCACAAAGGAAAAGCACAGAGAAAGGGAAAGAGAAAAAAAAAUGGCCGAAUACGAUGAAAGAUACGAAGGCAACGGAGAAGAAGAAGACCUUCACAAUUCCCAUCCUCAUCCUCAUCUCGAUUCCUCUCCUCAGCCCACUCACGGCGAUCUCACCGAUUCCAAAUCUCACCAUGGAUCUCGUGAUUAUGACAGAGAAUCUUCCAGAAGCAGAGAUAAGGAGCGGGAGAAAGGGAGAGACCGGGAUAGAAAAAGGGAAAAGGGGAGGGAAAGGGAGAAAAGUAGGGAUAGGGAUUCGGAGAGAAGCAGGGACAAGGACAGAGAUAGGGAGAGGAGCAAAGAAAGGGAGAGGGACCGAGAGCGUGAUGGUGAGAAGGAAAGGGACCGGGAUAGGGACCGCCACCACAGAGAUCGGCACAGGGAUCGUGGUGAACGAAGGGAAAGGACAAGGGAUAGAGAUGAAGAUGAUUUUUACAGAAGCCGUGACUUUGACAGAAGAAGGGGGGAUUUUGACAGAGAGGAUAGGCAUAGGCGGAGGUCUCGGUCUAGAUCUCAAUCCAAGUCAGGGGGUAGAUCCGAGCAUAGAUCAAGGUCGCGUUCUCGUUCACGCUCAAAGAGCAAAAGGACUAGUGGUUUUGAUAUGGCUCCGCCUGCCUCUGCUAUGUUGGCUGGUGCUUCUGCUGUUACAGUAUGGAAAAUUCAUAUCAAAUUGCAUAAACUUGGUCAGAUCACUGGUGCAAAUCCUGCAAUUCCCGGAAUGUUUCAAAAUAUGUUUCCGUUGGCUACAAACCAGUUGCAGCCGUUCAGUGCUCUCCCAGUCAUGCCAGUUCAGGCUAUGACACAACAGGCUACACGACAUGCUAGGCGGGUGUAUGUUGGGGGCCUUCCUCCUACAGCUAAUGAGCAGUCAGUUGCAACUUUCUUCAGUCAAGUUAUGGCUAAGAUUGGGGGAAACACUGCUGGCCCAGGUGAUGCUGUGGUUAAUGUUUACAUUAAUCAUGACAAGAAGUUCGCCUUUGUGGAGAUGAGGUCUGUUGAGGAAGCUAGCAAUGCAAUGGCUUUAGAUGGGAUUAUUUUUGAGGGGGCACCUGUUAAGGUCAGGAGACCUACUGAUUAUAAUCCUUCCUUAGCUGCUACUCUAGGCCCAAGCCAGCCUAACCCAAACCUUAAUCUUGGUGCUGUUGGCUUAACACCAGGGUCUGCUGGUGGACUUGAUGGUCCAGAUCGAAUUUUUGUUGGUGGACUUCCUUAUUACUUCACAGAAACGCAGAUAAGAGAGCUUUUAGAGACUUUUGGUCCUCUAAGGGGUUUUGAUCUAGUGAAAGAUAGAGAAACGGGAAAUUCAAAGGGUUAUGCAUUUUGUGUUUACCAGGAUCUUGCAGUUACUGAUAUUGCAUGUGCUGCUCUAAAUGGAAUAAAAAUGGGAGAUAAGACUCUCACAGUUAGACGAGCUAAUCAAGGUGCAAACCCACAGCAGCCUAAACCUGAACAGGAGAGCAUCUUAAUGCAUGCCCAACAGCAGAUUGCACUGCAGAAACUUAUGUUGCAGCCAGCUUUAGUGGCAACAAAGGUGGUGUGCUUAACUCACGCAGUUUCUGCUGACGAGCUCAAAGAUGAUGAAGACUACGAAGAGAUUCUUGAUGAUAUGAGACAAGAGUGCUCCAAAUUUGGUUCCUUGGUGAAUGUGGUGAUCCCGCGUCCACCGCAUGAUGGUGAGCCUGCCGCCGGAGUUGGGAAGGUGUUUUUGGAGUAUGUUGACGUGGAUGGUGCCACAAAAGCCCGUGCUGGAUUGAAUGGACGAAAAUUUGAUGGGAACCAAGUAGUAGCGGUUUUCUACCCAGAGAACAAAUUUGCUCAGGGAGAUUAUGAAGGCUAAUCGGGUUUUGUUUGGAUUUUACCUUGUUUAGCGUUUUGUUAGUAAGGAUUAUGUUUUGUAUUCAUAAACUUGUAAGCUAGAGUUGUGGUCAUAGUACAGAAGCUGUUCUAUUUAGAUGCGAGUAGUAAGAAAAGUUAUGAUGGAUAAUUUGUUAAAUAGUUUUACCGGUCUAAUGGAUCUCUUGGGUCCCUUGAGAAA